AUGCCCUGCCCAAAGAAGAAGUUAUUAGAGGAGAAGCGGAGAGUGAAAGCCAACAGCCGUGAAUACAACGACCAGUUUCACUAUGCGAACAAUCGUAUCCGGACAUCCAAGUACACUGUCUUAACUUUUCUACCCAUGAACUUGUUUGAGCAGUUCCAGCGAGUUGCAAACGCCUACUUUGCUGUCCUCCUGAUUCUAGAGCUGAUCCCUGAGAUAUCCUCCUUAUCUUGGGUGACCACCGUCGUCCCUUUAGUGCUGGUUCUGAGCAUUACAGCUGUCAAGGAUGCCUCAGAUGACUAUUUUCGUCACAAGAGCGACAAGCAGGUGAACCACCGGCAGGCUCAAGUGCUCAUUGAUGGCAAGUUGCAGAAUGAACAGUGGAUGAAUGUCAGAGCUGGAGACAUCAUUAAAUUGGAAAACCACCAGUUUGUUGUUGCUGACUUGUUACUUCUUUCGAGCAGUGAACCUCACGGCCUCUGUUACAUUGAAACUGCUGAGCUUGAUGGUGAAACCAAUCUGAAAGUACGGCAAGCUUUACCAGUCACCUUUGGACUUGGAGCUGAGAUUAGCAAACUUGCAAGAUUUGAUGGAGAAGUUGUCUGUGAAGCACCAAAUCAUGAUCUGAGUCAGUUCUCAGGAGCUCUUUCUUGGAAUGAAGAGAAUUAUCCUCUUACUAAUAAAGAGGUGCUGCUAAGAGGCUGUGUGUUGAGAAACACGGGUUGGUGCUUUGGGAUGGUUAUUUUUGCAGGCCCUGACACUAAAUUGAUGCAGAACGGUGGUAAAACUGAAGUUAAACGAACAAGCAUUGAUCACCUAAUGAAUACUUUAGUAUUGUGGAUCUUUGGCCUUCUGGUAUUCAUGGGAAUAAUCCUAGCGAUAGGAAAUUCAAUUUGGGAGCAUCGGGCUGGAAUCCACUUCAGAAUUUACCUGCAGUGGAGCGAUGUGGUGGAGAGUUCUAUAUUUUCAGGAUUUCUAACAUUUUGGUCAUACGUUAUCAUACUCAAUUCAGUUGUGCCAAUUUCCUUAUAUGUGAGUGUGGAGGUGAUUCGCCUUGGACACAGUUGCUUCAUCAACUGGGAUCAAAAAAUGUAUUUUGCCAAAGAAGAUACUCCAGCUGAGGUCCGGACGACAACCCUCAGCGAAGGGCUGGGACAAAUUGAGUACAUUUUUUCAGACAAAACGGGAACGCUCACCGAAAACAUAAUGACUUUUAAUAAGUGUUCAAUUAAUGGGAAAGUAUAUGGUAAGGUGUUGUUUCCCCCCGCCCUCCAAUUUCUUCCACAGAAAAUGCCAGCAGAUUUCUCCUUUAACCCAUUAGCAGACAGUAAAUUUACCUUCAGUGACCACCGUCUGAUUGAGGCCAUUAAAUUCAGAGACCCACAAGUUCAUGAGUUCUUUCGGCUGCUUUCCCUGUGCCAUACAGUGAUGCCUGAAGAGAACACUCUAGGUGAACUGAUUUAUCAAGCUCAAUCACCAGAUGAAGGCGCUCUGGUCACCGCCGCCAGGAACUUUGGAUUCGUCUUUAAAUCUCGUACCCCCAAGACGAUCACAAUAUCAGAAAUGGGUAAACUUGUGACUUACCAGCUCUUGGCAAUUUUGGAUUUCAACAAUACCAGGAAAAGAAUGUCUGUAAUUGUUCAGAACCCAAGUGGACAGAUAACACUUUAUUCUAAAGGAGCAGACACUAUUUUAUUUGAGAGACUUCAUCCAUCAUAUGAAAAUCUAAUGUCUCUAACAUCAGAUCACCUUGAGGAGUUUGCUGGAGAAGGCCUUCGAACUUUAGUGCUGGCAUACAAGAAUGUGAAUGAACAGCAAUUUCGGGAGUGGUUGAAAAUAUAUGAGAAGGCCAUUGCUUCACGAGAUAGGGAGGAACGCCUUGCUUUAGCAUAUGAGGAAAUUGAAAGAGACCUGGAAUUACUAGGUGCCACUGCUAUAGAAGACAGAUUGCAAGAAGGAGUUGCAGAAACCAUUGCUACCUUAUUGCUAGCCAACAUUAAGAUCUGGGUCCUAACGGGAGACAAACAAGAGACAGCUAUAAACAUUGGCUACUCCUGUCACAUGCUCAAGGAUUCCAUGGAUGCAAUUUUCAUAGUGGAUGGUCACACAAAAGAGGACGUAUCUGAAGAACUUAGGAAAGCAAAAGAGCAAAUGUUUGGCCUAAACAAAGGAAGUUCUGCUGACUGUGGACAUGAUGAAAAACUUCAAGAUCCAAGGCAAGGCACAGAAGAAACUGUCAUUGGUGAUUAUGCAUUAAUAAUAAAUGGACAUAGCCUUGUCCAUGCACUUAAAGUCGAUCUGGAAAAUGAGUUUUUGGAAACUGCUUGUGUUUGCAAAACGGUUAUCUGCUGCAGGGUAACACCCCUGCAGAAAGCACAGGUGGUGGACCUGGUUAAGAAAUGCAGGAAAGCCAUCACCUUGGCUGUCGGGGAUGGAUCCAAUGACAUCGGCAUGAUCAAAAAUGCUCACAUAGGUGUCGGCAUCAGCGGCCAGGAGGGGAGGCAAGCUGUAUUGAACAGCGAUUAUUCUAUUGCUCAGUUCAGAUACCUUCAGAGGCUUUUGCUUGUUCACGGCAGGUGGUCCUACUUCCGAAUGUGCAAGUUCUUGUGUUACUUCUUCUACAAAAACAUUGCCUUCACUCUAGUGCACUUCUGGUUUGGUUUCUUCUGUGGCUUUUCAGCUCAGACUGUUUAUGACCAGUGGUUUAUCACCCUCUUCAACAUCGUACAUACCUCUCUGCCUGUGCUAGCAAUGGGAUUGUUUGACCAGGAUGUGAACGAGGAGGAAUGCCUUCAUUUUCCAAAGCUGUAUAAACCUGGGCAGCUCAACCUCUUGUUCAACAAGCGCAGGUUUUUCAUCUGCAUAGCACAUGGAAUCUACACCUCCGUCGUUCUGUUCUUCAUCCCAUAUGUUGCAUUUUAUGAUGCCACGGGAGACGACGGGAAACAUAUUGCCGACUACCAAUCUUUUGCUGUCACAGUUGCAACCUCUUUGAUAAUAGUAGUCAGCGUUCAGAUUGCUUUGGAUACCAGCUACUGGACAGGACUCAACCAUUUAUUCCUAUGGGGUAGUAUUGCUGUGUACUUUGCAGUCCUGUUUGCAAUGCAAAGCAACGGAAUUUUUGAUCAGUUUCCAAGCCAUUUCCCUUUCGUAGCCAUAUCUGAGCCAUAUCUUGGUGAAGAGCCAUAUCUUGGUGAAGAGCCAUAUCUUGGUGAAGAGCCCUACUGA